AUGUAAAGCAAACAUAGUUAGUCACUGGUUCCCGGCUCUGACCCAACACCUGUGACCCGCCGAGAUCGCAUUCAAUACACAGAUACAGAGCGUGCUGUGGCCUAUUAUGGGCACCACAAAAGAUAAAUACUGGUACUGGUCAUUGGUAGCACCUAAUGUUAAAGGACCUGGUUUUGCCUGGUUAGACCCAUCCAGACUGUAUGCAAAUCGUGAGGCAUUUAGAGGCUGUGUUAUUGAUUUAUUGGAGCCAUUUGAUACAAAUGAAAUAGAUCUUGUAGCGGGUAUUGAUGCCAUGGGAUUUAUACUCGGUUCAUCUAUAGCAAACUAUUUAGAUAAAGGGUUUCUUGCAUUGAGAAAGAAAGGUGGUCUGUGUGUUGACACUUCAGAUGUACAUUACACAGAUUAUCAAAAUACAAAAAAAACCUUGGAAAUAAGAACUGACCCUUUUCUUGAAGGUACUAGAGUGUUGUUGGUUGAUCAAUGGAUAGAGACUGGUGGAACCAUGCAUGCUGCUAUUACAUUAGUGGAAAGAAUGAAAGGAAUAGUAGCUGGUAGGAAAAAAUAAUAUUAUAUUAUUUCUAUAACAUCGUAAUGCCAUAAGUUACAGCAUGCCAAAAUUUUGCAGUAUUGCACUGGGUAUUUUCAUUCUACCAUAUAAGGAAACAUGAAAUAUGGAACGAUUACGCUCAU